CACUGAUCGAUGUCAUGCACACACCCAUGGAUGAAUGGAUGUCGUCGAUGGAGUCACAGAGACAUGAUACACACACACACACACACACACGCUGCCGGCUCGCUGAUGAAUUCCAGUUCCAUCACACCCAAGCAAUCACUAGGGAUCGAAAACACGCCAGCGGCCACUCGCCCGCAUAUGGCAUUACCCUAGAAGAGCCAGCCUUGCAAAAGCGCUGUCUCCGGCCCAGACGCACACCCGCCUGCCUUUGCGCGUGGUGAUAGAGCCGCACACCGACAGACAGACACAGACCGUUGGCUGCCUCGCCGCCCUCCAUACCUCCCUCCGUCCCCGCCCCUCUCCGCCCACCAGUCAUCGCUGUUCGGCGCCGGCCUGCUUGACCUGUUUCCUCCGCCGCUCGCGCAUCUUCUGGCCGUCCCAUUUGCCCUUCCUGAUGUCCUUGAUGGCACGGUGCAUGUCUCUCUCCAUGUCUGUGAGGACGGCCGCCCUUCUCGCGUCGUCGUGGCUGGACAGGUGUCGCAGGAACAUGCCGUCCCACCCGUGGAAGGCGCUGUAGUGGACGACGCGGAUGAAGGGUCGGUAGAGGGGCAUGACGCACUGCCAGAGGACGUUCUGCGAUGGGGGGUGCUGCCGCGCCAUGUCCUUGCAGGUGCUGAGGGCGAACUUGAGCCACUUCUUGACGAUCUCGCGGGUGGUGGCCGUGUUGCGCAUGAUCAUCACCCCGGCGUUGGGCCGCUCGCGGCGCAGCAUGCAGGACCAUGAGUGCGGGCAGUCGUUGGGCAUCAUCAGCAUGUACCUGGGCGGCUCGUUCUGGCCCUCUGCAUCAUCAUCAUGCGACAGGAAGGACAACAUAGUGAAUGAGACGUGGGUGGGUUGUGUCAUUGUGUCAUUGUGUCAUUGUGUGUUGUUUGUUUCAGUCGCGUGCCUGCCGUGCCUGGUGCGGCGGGUUCUCCGUAUUCGACUAGGUCUUCUAUGCGUAUGGAGGGGUCGAGGAUGCCCGUGUCCGUAUCCACAUAGAAGAAAAACUCCACACCGGGAUGGGUGCGCUGGAGCUCUGAGAACGAUACAUACACCAACAUACAUACACACAAACAAGACACACAAUCCAUUCUUCCCUCUGAGGCAGCCACCUUCGUCUUCGUACCUAGGAAGGCGAAUAGCUUGGCGAAGUUGAGGUUCAUGCCUCGUGUGGUGACCUGUUCGAUGGGCUGGCUGUUCUGCGUGUCGGUGAAGAGCACAUAGUCAUAGCCAUGGAGGGCCGCGUACUCCCGCCACAUCUUCUCGGAGUGCGAUGAAUACUCAGCCGCCCCGUGCGUGUAGAACUGAUAGAUGAGCACGCGAGAGGCCGGCCGCAGCGACUUGGGCACCGUUAUCGGCGCGUAGAUCAUCAGCGAAUAGCCUAUCAUGCCUACGGGGACCGACAGAAAGGCCGCCAGCCGGAUGAAGUUGAGCCUUCGCUUCCAUGUCGACUGGCGGAGGAUGACGACGAACCAGCAGACGGCCCAUCCGAGCAGAAUUACCUCAAUCACCGCCCUGCAAAGGGAGAGAAGGGUCACAAGAUGCCCAAGAUGCCAUCCCUGUGUGUGGGUGUGAUGAAUGCGUCGGCCCACCUGCUGGGAGAUAGCUCGAAGAGUAGGGACGGCUCGCGGAACAGCAGCCGGAACAGAGAGGAAAAUGCCAUUCGCGGCGCCUCCUCAUGGGCACGUCCAUCCGAUGAACACCUCACACACGCUCAUUCCCGAUGGAAACACGGACGCAUUUGAGGCUUCCCGUCGACUUUCCGCUCUGCAGAAUGCACCGCGACGGCAGAAAUGUGCUAAUCGCCUGCAC